AUGAAUAUUGAAAAUCGCUACCCUGUUACAGCGUCGUUGUUCAUGCUUAGAGAAAUAAAACAGCGCCAGGAAAAAGUUAAUCGAGGGUACCAGCUAUUAAAGCGAAAAACCGAAGCACUUCGUAUCAGAGGCAGACAAGCGGCAAUAGAACUGUCCGCCACACAAGCUGUGUUGGGCCACACUUUGAAAGAGGCUUAUAUAUCAUUGGCAGCUAUUAAAUUUACCAAUGGGGAGUCUAAUGCAUUAGUGCUCGAAAAUGUAGGGCAGGCACAAGUCCGCGUUCUAAGAGUUCCAGAGAAUAUUUCUGGUGUUGCUACAGUGUCUUUACAAGCAGUAGAAGAUUCGACAGCAAGCGACGCAUUGCAAUACGCUGGGUUAGGGGGCGGUGGACAUCGGACAAGUGAAGCUAAGAAAGCCUUUAGAGAGGUUGUGCGUAUUCUUGUUAAAUUUGCCUCCUUGAGAAACACUUGUCUAUUACUAGACGAGGCAAUUAAGUCCACUUUACGUAAAGUCAACGGCAUUGAGAAAGUUAUCAUGCCAAAGUUACGCAAUACUGAAAAUUAUAUCAUGAUGGAAAUGGGAGAACAGGAAAGAGAAGAGUUCCAUCGCUUAAAAAUGGUAAAAGCGAAAAAGAAUCGAAUAAAAAACUUACUUAACUUGAAACGGAAUGCUUACGGCGAUCCCGAUUCAUCUUCUGGUACCUUAUUUUUUUAA